AUGAGAAUAGCUUCGCCAGCCUAUUCAAAUAACGGAUCACACAUCCAUUUGGAAGGCCUCGAGGCCUUCUUGCAGGGUGUUAUUCCCCGAGCCGAAGCCACCAGCAAUGGAAUCGCACAGGCGAACAUCGAUAUUUCCACUUCGGGAGUAUAUGCAGACAUUCAAGAUGGCCAGAUCUUCCAUUUCACCAGUCUACCAAGACAGGUGCGACUUAUCUAUGAGAUCGACGAGUCAGGUGAUAUAGGUGAUACGCUGGUGCACGCGAUAUCUCCGACAACCGAACACGCCGAGCCGACUUUGUUUACUCAAUGGACGAUUCAAUUGCUGAAUCCUGAUGACUUGGCUUUUACCAAGCUGUCUAGGUUGCAGCUUCACUGGAAGGGUAGUGCGAGAUUUGUUGGGAAAUUGUCUGCUCCAAGCGGUGGUAGUACAUGA